AUGGAUGGUUCAACCCUCCAGGUAUCGGCAGCGGUGAACAUCACAGCGCAAUUCAAUGAGCUUCUCCAGCAGCACAGUGCUCCACCAGUCGUGAACAAGGUCUCGCUGGACGACAUUGACAGCUUCCUCAAAGAAGCAUACCGCAUUAAUUCACACAUUGUUAGCUUGCACCGACAGCUUCAAGAUGUGCGCCAGGCAUACCUAUCCACGGCGCAGCCUCGCCGAGCGCAAGCGCGAUUCGUCCAAAACCAGCCGCGAGUCUUGUCCGACCGAGAACGAGAGGAAAUCGACGCCAACGCCAAGCAGAUGAUACGGGAGCUCAACGCCAGCAUAAGGUCGCUGGACGAGGCUGAACAGCUUCGCCGAGAUACGGAAGCAGCCAUUAUCCGCAAGAAGUACACAAAGGGGCUUGGCGCUCUCGGCUCAUGGGCAUCUGGCGGCAUUGCCAGCAGCAAGUCGGCGGAACAUGCUGCGGCCGAAGAUCAGGCCCAGCAGCUGGGCGGCUAUCGAGACGGCGUGGUGUGGUUCCUACGCCAGCGACUGGAGCUGUGCUGUCGAACGCAGCAAGACAUGAUGGAAACGCGGCUGCGUCGAGAGCUGGAAAAGAGUCGCAGCAUGCUGCCAGUGGGAGACCUCGCAGAGUUUGUCCCGGCAGCCCACAAACCACAUCGGCAGACUCCGGGUGGCACCUUGGAGCCGGGGGCCGAAGAAUCAUCGCCCGCUGCGUUUACGGAGGGCUUGACUGAUGAGCAAGUGCAAAUGUUUGAGGAGGGCAAUCAGAGCAUGAUGGAGCAUUACGAGAGCACGUUGGAUAAAGUGAGGACGGCGGAGAAAUCGCUAUUAGAGAUUUCAGAACUCCAGACACUACUAGUCAACAACUUGUCAGCGCAGUCCGAAAACAUUGAGUUGCUUGUGUCUGAUUCGGCAUCGAUGGCGGAUAAUGUCGGCGGAGGAAACAGACAGCUUAAAAAGGCUUCUCAACGGCCAAGCACGGCGCGGUAUACAUUUUUUGCAGCAAGCGGUCUGUCGGCAAAAGCACCGGACCCUAUAGAACCAUCACGGGGAACAAAACUCCCUGUCAGCACCCUGAAAUCAGCUCUCCCCGGACCUCAGAACCCCGAGCCCUUCCAGCUUCUGCGCUGUGCUGAGCCUCCCCCCGGCCCCAUCGGCUCCGUCUCGUCGCGCAUUUCCAAGGGAUUUUUAGGUCUGGUGACGUGCAUCGGCGGGUCGCAGCAGGCGUUCGAAUCGCAGGCAGCUAAGCAGGCGUAUAGCGGCCACAGCGGAUCCUCCGGUUCCCUCCAGGCGCCUCUAGGCCCCAAGUCCCUCCCCCGCGACCCCGUCACAGGCUCUCCGCCAUCCGCGCUGCGUGUGGCAUUUCGACAGCCUGAGAGGUGCUCUGCAGCGCAUUUAUCUACAUUCGAGCCUCCCACUGCCGCAACCAUGGCUCCUCCAUCAUCAUCGCCGUCUCACCCUCAACCACCGUCGUCCUCGGCCUCCCUCGCGCGCAUCAACAACAUUGCGAGCCACAUCUCUCCCGCAAUGGCUUCUACAACCAGCUUCCCGGCCGACACAGUGCCGCAAGCGCCUGAAGAUCCUCUCUUUGGCCUUGCCCGCGCGUACAGAGCAGAUAACAGCCCGAUCAAGGUUGACCUGGGAAUUGGCGCCUACCGAGACGAUAAUGCUAAGCCCUGGGUUCUCCCCGUCGUCAAAAAGGCUGAUGAGAUUCUCCGAGACAACCCCGAAUUGAACCACGAAUAUGCCCCGAUUGCUGGUAUCGAGAGCUUCACCAGCAAGGCUGCGGAGCUGAUGCUCGGCGCCGACUCCCCCGCGAUCCAGGAGCGCCGCACCACAUCGGUGCAGACCAUAUCGGGAACUGGAGCCGUCCACUUGGGCGCUCUGUUCCUCUCCAAGUUCUACAAGGGUAGCCGAGUCGUCUAUGUGUCCAAUCCCACGUGGGCAAACCACCACCAGAUCUUCAACAAUGUCGGCAUCAAAGUCGCCCAGUACCCCUACUGGAACAAGGAGACUCGGGGACUGGAUUUCGAUGGCAUGAAGUCUACGAUUGCCGCAGCCCCCGAAGGCUCCAUCAUCCUGCUCCACCCCUGCGCUCACAACCCAACCGGUGUCGACCCAACACUGGAUCAGUGGAAGGAGUUGGCCGUGGUGAUUCGAGAGAAGAAGCACUUCCCCUUCUUUGACUGCGCCUACCAAGGCUUUGCCUCUGGUGACCUUGCUCGAGAUGCCGCCGCUGUGCGCUACUUUAUCCAGCAAGGCUUCGAGCUCGUGGUUGCCCAGAGCUUCGCCAAGAACUUUGGCCUUUACGGAGAGCGAGCUGGCUGCUUCCACGUUGUGACUGCCCCUGCUGCCGAUGCUGCCACCACCAUCACCCGCAUUGCAUCCCAGCUGGCCAUUCUCCAGCGUUCAGAAAUCUCCAACCCUCCCUUGUACGGCGCCAGAAUAGCCAGCACCGUCCUCAACGACCCUGCGCUCUUUGAGGAGUGGGAAGGGAACUUGAAGACCAUGUCUGGCCGCAUCAUUGAUAUGCGCAAUGCUCUCCGGUCAAAGCUUGAGGAGCUUGGCACCCCGGGAACCUGGAACCACAUCACAGAUCAGAUCGGCAUGUUCAGCUUCACCGGCUUAUCAGAAGCCCAGGUUCAGAAGCUCCGCGAGGAGUACCACAUCUACAUGACCAAGAACGGCCGAAUCAGCAUGGCCGGCCUAAAUACGCACAACAUUGAUCACGUGGCUCAGGCCAUCCGAAAAGUGGUUGGUGAAACGCAGUAA